UAUCCAGCAACUUAAGAGAAAAGGGUUUCUCUACAUUUUUAUGCAACCGCUUUUGGAAUAAAAAAUUUGAGGAUAAAAAGGCAAUCGGAUAUAAGAAUAGAUUUAAUAUGAAUAAAAAAUUACCUAUAGAUAAUUUUGUAGCAAAAUCUGCAGCUUUGUCGCUAAUGGUGAAAACUGCUUGUAUAAAUAAACAACCCACAUAUUUUCAAGAGAUGGUUAGUAAACAUGAUAUACAAUCAAAUGACACACGAAUUCAACAACAAAAACAACAGGAGUUUGAAAUUCUACAGCAGUUUGAAAUACAACAGCCCUUAUAUGACUAUCUAUACGAGCUUCAGAAAUCAACGAUUAAUCAACAAAAUACUUGUGAUACUCACCUAAUGGAAAGAACUCCUCAUAUUAGUGAAAAUACAAGUUUACGGGACGUAACGGUGACUGCACAUACAAGUAGCGCUCACAUAUUGCCCUGUCCUCUCUGCGCAAUUCCGCUAGAGCAAAGAUAUUUUCGGCAACAUUUAGAUGGACACUAUCCACGAGAUAGUUCAAUUUGUCCGGUAAUCGAAUGCGGUCGCCGGUUUGCCCAUCCAAAUUCCGUUAGGAAUCAUAUGCGUAUUAAGCACACACAUCAGUGGGCUAAAAUGAAAGUAAUGCGCUCUUCUGCUGGACAUAUGCCUAGUGAACUGGAUCUUAAUAAGAAAUGCUCCCAGCGUUCAGUGGAAAUGAGAGUAAGAGCCACAGAUCCACGACCAUGUCCAAAAUGUGGAAAAAUUUACAGGUCGGCACAUACGUUGCGAACUCAUCUUGAGGAUAAGCAUACCGUUUGUCCUGGGUAUAGAUGCGUUUUAUGUGGUACUGUUGCGAAAUCUCGUAAUUCGUUGCAUUCACAUAUGUCACGUCAGCACCGUGGUAUAUCUACGAAAGAUCUUCCUGUGCUACCAAUGCCUUGUGCUUUUGACCCUAUAUUGGCUUCGCGUUUAUUAGCUAAGGCAGGGGUAAAUAUUUCACCGGAUGACUUACGUGACCAUGCAUCGCCUGCCAAUACGGCUAGUAUAAGAGGUAUGGAUUACAGCUAUAAUACACAACAUAAUACAGAAACUUAUGACACGAAUAUCGAAUCUGAUGAUGAUCCGGAAGAUUUAACUGCAUGUCGAUUGAAUUUAAAUAGCUCUUCUACUGGAUAUAACAACAAACAAGAAAAUGUUUUGGAUAUUGGACAUAAGAAUAGGUCAAUUUCACAUAUUAGAAAUGAUGCAGCUAUUGCUGCCGCGGCUGCUGCAUUAAGCGCGCAAAAGGAAUUAUCCAGCGGACAGUCAGCAACGAACCAACCUCUUCUUGAUCUUCACCUUUUACAAUUUUUAACAGAAAAUACUUUUGGCAUGGGAAUAUCACAGGAACACACAACAGCAGCUACUUUACAUGCAGCAAAAAUUGUGCAGUUAAAUGCUCUCGGACAUAAGUUCGACAGUUUAUCACCCGCAUUGACGCAAUCCCAUUGUGAUCUACCGAAAGAGUCCAUUGCAAAUGACUCAUUUGACAGCAAAAGAUGUGCAACAGCAAUUUUCUCUAACGAACCUAUUUUAAGGCAACAUCUUGAUACUUCUCUUAGCGAUAACGUCAAAACGUUUCCAAGUUUAGUGACAAAGGAACCUCAUUCUUCCGAUUUCGCUAAAAAUCUAAAUGAAAAGCAACCAACGGAAGAUGCUCAUAACUUAAAAGAAAAUAAAUAUCAUGAUGUGGAUAAUGAUGAACACGAAGCAAGAAACAAUUUUAAUGAAAAGGAAUUACUAUAACAAAACAAAACGAAAAAAAAAAUAAUGUAAAGUCGUACAAAAAGUGCAUUAUAGCCUUGAAGAUGUAUGUAUAUCUUUAAAUAAAAUGCAUAUUUCAACGUA